GCUCGGCUCCCCUCUUGGCGAGGCUGGGCCGGCCUCCACCGGCAGUCAUUUCCGGAGCAGGAGCCUGGGCUGAACCGGCCAACCAGCGCGCCUGCCUGGCUAAGGAGGUGCAAGCAGGAUGGCGGCGGCGGCGGCGGCCCCGGCUGCAGGGGCCGCCGAGAAGGAGGCGAGCCAGGAGAGCAGCCUAGGCGCCUAUUCGCCCGUGGAUUAUAUGAGCAUCACCAGCUUCCCCCGCUUGCCCGAAGAGGAGGCGGGCAGCGCCAUCGCCCCCGAGAGCUGCCUGCGCUCCAGGAAAGAAGAGGAUGCCUUCCUGGCAGAGCAGGACACCGACCCAGAUUCGUUCCUUAAAUCAGCUCGCCUCCAGCGCUUGCCCUCUUCUUCAUCAGAAAUGGGAAGCCAGGAUGUCUCACCACUUCGGGAGACCAGCAAGGACCCCUUCUCUGGGGACUGCAGCUGUCGUCAGGAUGGUCUGACUGUGAUCAUCACUGCCUGCCUAACGUUUGCUACAGGAGUCACGGUGGCCUUAAUCAUGCAAAUCUACUUUGGGGAUCCACAGAUAUUCCACCAGGGUGCUGUAGUCACUGAUGCUGCUCGCUGCACUGCCCUAGGGAUUGAGAUACUGAACAAGCAAGGAUCCUCAGUGGAUGCAGCCAUUGCCUCAGCCUUAUGCUCAGGAAUUAUCAACCCUCACACAGCGGGCAUUGGCGGUGGAGGGGUAAUGCUGGUUCAUGAUAUCAAGAAGAAUGAAAGCCAGGUUGUUGAUUUCCGAGAAACCGCCCCCUUCAACAUCCAAGAAGAGGGACUUAGCAAGUUUUGGGAAACAAAGCCGGGUCUCUUGGUAGGUGUUCCAGGAAUGAUCAAAGGACUCUAUGAAGCACAUCAGUCUUAUGGGAGGCUGCCAUGGAGACAGUUGUUGGGCCUUGUUGCAGACAUAGCUCAAGAUGGAUUCAAUGUCACGUAUGAUUUAGCAAUGGCUAUCAAAGAAAUGAAGGAACACUACAAUCAUUCAGAAAAAUUCAGAGAAAUCUUCUUUCCUGAUGGGCAACCUUUGUUGCCAGGAAUGUUUGUGAGAAGACCAGAUCUGGCAGCUCUUUUAGACUUGAUUGGAUCAAGAGGAGUAUCUGCUUUUUAUAGUGGAAAUGUGACACAAGAAAUUAUUUCAGAGGUCCUUAAAUCUGGAGGUACUUUGUCUGAAGAGGACUUUAGCAACUACACUGUGUUGGUUGAAAAUCCAGUUCAUACAAUAUACCAAGGACAUCUUGUUCUGAGUCCACCACCUCCACAUACAGGUCCUGCUUUGAUCACAGCCCUAAACAUCCUUGAGGGAUUUAAUAUUACCAGUCAAGUAGGCAGAGAAAUUAUUCUGCAUUGGAUAACAGAGACCUUAAAGGCUGUGUUGGCAUUAGCUAGCAGUCUGGGAGAUCCUUUCUAUGAUGCAUCCAUUUCUGACAGUGUGGAAGAUAUGAUGAGUAAAUCUAAAGCCAAUUUCCUGCAUCAGCAGAUUGAUUCCCAGGCCUUUCCCUCUGAUCUUCACAUCCCACAUUUCUCUAUUGAAAGUGGCCCUUCGGCCAGCCAAGUCCUUGUCAUGGGACCUGAUGAUUUCAUUGUUGCUGUUGUAAGUUCCUUGAAUCGGCCAUUUGGAAGUGGAAUAAUAACUUCUUCAGGAAUCCUUCUGAACAGUCAGAUGUUGGAUUUUUCUUGGAUGAAUGAAACAGAGGACCAUUCCUCUUCCAGCUUGAGGAAUUUUAUUCAACCUGGGAAACGGCCUUUGUCUUUCUUACUACCCACUAUUGUUCGGCCAUCGGAAGGGAUGUGUGGAACUUACCUGUGCCUGGGAGCCAGUGGUGGAGAUAAAGCUUUAAGCAGCAUUAUGCAGAUUUUAAUAAAUGUUUUGGCAUAUAACAAAAAUCUAAGUGAGAGUUUAUCACUUGGACGGCUUCACCCUCAGCUACAAUCAAAUAUUCUAGAAGUUGACAGUGAGUUUCCGGAAGAAGAUAUCAGCUAUUUUACAACCAGAGGUGAACAUGUAAAGAAAGUUGAGGUCCUCUCUAUAGUUCAUGGAGCCAGAAGAACAAACAAUUUCAUAAUUGGUGUGAAAGACCCAAGAAGUGUGGAUGCAGCAGGAGCAACAAUAUUAUAGCAACUCUCGGAUGAAUUUGUUCCUCCAAAAAAAAAAAAAAAGGCUUUCUCUCCAAAAUACAUUAUGCAUGUUUCCAAACAGUUCCUUUAUCAUUCCCCAUAAUGUGGAACAAGUGGUGUUUCUAUGGGUUUUUACAUUGCUAAAUAGUCCCCCCUGCAAUUCUGUACUAAAACAAUGAAGCCUGAUCAAGAUACAGCACAGCAAUUAGAAAUUUUGUUCAUUAUGAUCUUGAGUUAUAAAAAUCUCAGGCAUUAUUAUAAUAGGAGCACAGGGAAUAAGUUUAAUUUUGAUAGCUAGUCCAACUAUUUGAUGCACCACAGUGAGAUAAUUCUAAAUUGAGCACAGGGAAUAUUUAAGAAACAAACAACUGAUACUGAAAAUGUACCAUUUUGACAGUGUUAGUAGAAGAUUCACUGUUCAAAGAAUAUGUCUAUUUUCACCCAGUUUCUUAAUAAAAAAAACCCCAACAAUCAAACACAGUUCCAUGAGUUUGAAUUUGCAUGGGAAAUGUGUACAUAUAUCUAGGGAAGAAGCCUAUUGGCUGAUAUUGAUAGCAAUUAAGAAAUUUCCUCAUCUUCAAUCUCUGGAACACUUUUGCAGUUUGUAAGAAUGUUUUCUUGAUGGUUUUCCUUACAUGGAUAAACACAUACUGAAAUAAAGAUGUGUGCGCUUUUUUUUCUUUUAAGGUAGAUUGUUUGCCUAACUUCUUAGAGUAAAUCAGCAGCUAACACAGUAUCUAUAUAAAGCUAAUUUCAGUAUAACAUGGAUUUUUACAUAUCAUUCAGGUGUGCUUGUUAGUUGUACUUUUCUAUUCAUCGGUGAAAAAAGAAAAUGGUACUUUGAUAAUGCAGAGUGCCUUCGUGUCAGUAUCCUGAGGAUCAAGCAGGAAAAAGUUUUGUAAUAAUGUAUUUACUUCUGGUACUUUAGUGAUCUCACUCCUUUCUCAAUUAUUAUACAUGAAUGGAAAAUAAUAUACUUAAGAUUCUCAAAAUUUCCCUUUGAGCGAAAUAGCAAUAUCAUUUAGACAUAUACUGCUUCAUAGUGCUUUACUGCCCUCUCUAAGCCGUUUUACAGAGUCAGCAUAUUGCCCCCAACAAUCUGGGUCCUCAAGUGUAAUUUGUACCAACACACAAAUUUAAUUGUAACUGCUCUUAGUCAUAUCUCAUGUAAUAUUAACUUUUAUAAUCAUCUCUGCCCUGAGAAGAGAAGGCAGGUUUCCAUAAUCCUCCUAAUGGCAUUAACUUAAUGGUAGGUGGUUGGCAACUUCAACACAUUGACGGUGCCACUUCAAAUGUUUUGACCCAAUAUGUAAUAUCAUUCAAUUGUGGAUCGGAGUUAUGAACUAAGCUAUUUUAUCCUGCAGAAAAUUGGACCUUUUUCUUCUUGGUCUCUAUUAUUGCUCUCUAGAUUGUUUUCAUUUAUAGUGAAAUAAUUUCAUGUGCAGAAAGGACUCAAUCAGAUUUAUUGUCAUUUCACAUUGAAUAGUUUCAUUGUAGACUUAUGGUGGUCUGUUUAUUUGAAAUGUUUGUAAAUUGCCCCAAACUGAAAGCUCUAGGUGGCAAUAGGAUAAAAAAAAAAUCAAUGAAUUAUAAGUUAUAAUUUUACAUGCUUUACAGCUGAUAUCUUGCCAACCACAUCUCUCUUUCAUUAACUUGGAGUUCUAAUUAAACAAACCUCCUCUAAUAUACCCACUAGAUCAGGGGUGUCAAACUGGCAGCUCAUGGGCCAGAUACAUCACAUGCAAGCCACGCCCACCCUAACUCUGCGAAUGGGAAAAAGGUCACGAAACAUCAUGUGACGGCAACGUGACGCCGCGAGUUUGACACCCAUGCACUAGAUUAAUGCUUGCAAACUUUUUAUUUAUCAUUAGUGACAUUGCUUAAAAAUACUGAAAAAUCUCAAUAUUUCUGAUGUUUUAAAAAAUCAUCUACAGAUACAGAAAAAAGGAAUAUUUUUAAAAAAUAAAAUAUAAAAUAAAUUGAAUUGAGUAAGAAUAGAAUUCAUACAUGACACUGAAGGUCCCUAUCCAGAAUGGGAAAGGCAUUUAUCCCUGAAGUGAUGUUAUUGGUUCAAUAAGGCUACAUCAAGAUUUUUCGAAUGCACUUAUACUGUGUGUGCGCAUGCAUAUACAUACACAUACAGAGACAAAUAUUCCAUAUAUUGCCUUCAAAUUAGUUUUCAUUGGGCUUAAUUGUGAGAAUUGAGAACUAAAGACAAUUCACUAAACAGACUCUUUCCUUCACAUUUAUGUUGCUGCUCUCAGUUUAUUAUGGGAACAUUUUUAAAUAUAUAACUAUUUCUGUUUAGGUAGCAUUUAGAACAUAUUAGUUUCAUUUCAUUUCUGUUAAUGAAAAAAUAUACUUUGUGGAAUGCAGAAAUUUACAGAAAUUUAAGCACAGAAAUAGACCCUUCCCCACAUGCUUAGUACAACAUAUAGAAAUUAUGUCACUGAAAAUGAAUAAAAGUCCUGCUUUUGCAGGCCACAGUUGUUUUAAUAGAUCCUAUCCAUAUGCAACUCUAUGUUAAUCUUCAAUUGAAAAUGGAAAGCUUAAGGAAAUAGUCAAUAGAUGUGAUUCUACUUCCACAUGUUCACUUAAUGUUUGAAGAGCUAUUUUGAAGACAAAAGGAAAUUCAUUUUACUCAAACACAACAAAAAAACUGGAAAAGUAUUCCUUCUAUUCUAUUAAGAAAAAAAACCCAACACUCCUGAUUUCAUUGCACUGAGUACCUUAAACAUUUGUUAAUUCAUUUGAGAAUUUUUUUAAUUGUAUAAUUUUGUUUUACUGUAAUGCUUAUUAAUGGGAACUUUCUUUAAUUAUCUACUUUUCUGAAUACAGUGUUUCUCAACCUUGGCAACUUUUAGAUGUCUGGACUUCAUCUUCCAGCUUUUCUUAGCUAUUGCCCUCAUGUUGUGCUUUUGAGCUUUUUAUUGAAACUAUUGGCUGCCAUGCAGUCUCAAAUAUCAAAUGAGAUAGGCUGCACCCUGUUCCAACAAAGCAGACUUUAUUUUUGUUAAAAUAAUUGUAUUAAAGAUUAAAAUUACAUAACUGAAAUUAAUACAAACUAAAAGAAUGAAAAAAAGAGUAAAAAGUGCAAAGAAAAAUUUAAAGAAAGAGAAAGAAAUGAUUUCUUUAUAAAUAUAAAUAAGUUUAGUAACAAUAUAAAUAAUAUUGUUUAUCACAAUAAUAAAUACCUUUACUUUAACUUUUCCCUUCCUCUUAAUUUAUAGCCAGUGAUCACUUCAUCACAUAUCCCAUCUCUUCUCUAUAAACAAAUCCAUAAAGUAUCAUAAUUUCAGUCCUGGUGUCAGCAAAAGUCCUAAGGUUUGCCAGAAAUAACAACAUAUCUCUUUUAACCUUGAUCAAAUAAACCAACUUUAUAUUUCUUCCUUUUGCUUCGAACAAUUUUAAUCUUUAGUCAAUUCAAAUAUUGUCAUAGUACUUUAUUCCUUUUUAUUUGUUUCUGCUCCUACUGACAAGAUUCAUGGAUCAUGGAUCAGAAUAUGCACAUAAAAUCCAAGUUUUAAAAACCACUUUAGUAAAUCCAAUAUAUAAGAAUUAUCCAGGUCACUAUUUUGAUUUAUUAUUUGUUAUUCCUUUUAAUUUUUAAACUGUCAAAUGAUUUGUUUUGUAUUUCCAAUAAGACAUCUUUUUCCAUCUCAUUCUUGUAGCCUGUCAUUUGUAGAUUCACUUUCAGUGUCAACUAUUUAUGUCUUGUGAUAUAAAACUUUUGAAAAAGUAGUUAAUCAAUUUCCAAAUGUGAUUAGAAAAGGAAGUAUGCAAACUUAGUGUCCUUUUAAAGGUACUGACCAUAGUUUGAGCAAGAUGGCUAUUCCUUGUCUCUCAGGGCUCAAAACCUCCAUUUACUCACCAACAUUCUUCUCCGUGAUCGUUAAUCCCACCUUUUGUGGUACCACCAUCUUCAAUCUACCA